AAAUAGAAAAACUAUGGCUACUUGUUGUCCCCCUGGAAGCUUGCCAAAACUUGUUUCUGAUCACAAACAGAAGGGCACUGAUAUAGAUCUGCCAGGAACAGAUCUCAAGUUAUAUGUUGUGGGCUCCGGAGACAAAGUAAUUCUGCAUUUCUACGAUAUCUGGGGAUUAAAUGGUGGAAGGACGCGGUUUUUAUGUGACAAACUAUCAGAGCAAGGCUACAAAGUAGUGAUCCCCGAUUUCUACAGGGGCAAAAGCUGGGAUGAUUCGCCUUUGGAGCCCGAGAAAGUCGGAAAAUUUGCGUCUCAAUUCCCGCCUGAAAUGGUCGUGAAGGAUGCUGAGGCGGUGGUUAAAUACCUGCAAGAGGGAGGGGCUAAAAAAUUUGGAGCGACCGCCUCCUGUUGGGGAGCGUGGGCAUUGUUUACCUGCUGUGCUCAUCAACUGCCGCUCUCCGCCUGUGUGAGUUACCAUCCUGCACUUGGUCUAGCAGCUGUAUUUGGGAGCACUGCAGUCGAACUAGCCAGCAAGGUGAAGACCGCCCAAUGUCUGUUUCCAGCAGGGAAUGACCCCCCAGACGUAAAGCCAGGAGGAGAAGUGAUUAAGACACUGGAGGCCAAUGGAGUCGCAGUAGAGUGUAAAGAGUAUGCUGAAGUCCAGCAUGGUUUCAUGCCCAGAGGGGAUCUGUCCGACCCCAAAGUGGUUUCUGCUUGUGAGGAGGCAGAGAAGCUAACUUAUGAAUUCUUCUCAAAGCACCUCUGAAAUAAUGUUUUCUAUUUCUGUUGACUGAGAAAAUGUACGACAAUAAUUGAUGCCACUGAUUUGAUGCGAAAAACUUUUACUGACGUGCCAGAAAUUGAACGUUGUUGAUUUUUUGCCCUCACUAAAACACUUAAGUGAAAAUUGCUGAGCUCGUUGGAGUGUUACUUUGUGUAAACCCAUGUUUGUGCAGCCAUCUAUUGGUAAAUUAUUUCAAGUGUUGGGUUGAUUUAAUGAAUGUUAUUAAAUCAAUGGACUAAUUAAUUUUAACGAAGCGAUGGUUAAUUACUUGUUUAUCUAUAUACAAAUGUGAACUAUUGGAUCGUAUAAAUGACUUAAUGAUAUAUUUGAACGUUU